AUGAAUCAGGAGGCGCUCAUGAAGCUCUGCAAGUGUGGGUGGAUUGUCUCUGCCUUCGACUUGAUCAACCACGGUUUUGUAAUCAUCGGUAAGGCCUUCAAGGAUGAGAUCUAUUUGAUUUUCAUGCUCUAUGGUUUUGCCAAGGAUGGCCAGCUGAUCAAGACGAGUUGUAAUCCCCUGAAGGUAGGCAUCAAUUGUUUUGUUUUCCUUGCGCCAGCCUUUGAGUUGUGUCUGCAAUUGCUUGAUAUGACCCCUGCUUGGUUUGGCAUAGGUAAGAGCCAGCGUGUUCCAAACUUCGGCGGAAGUGGUUGCACGAGAGACCAGCGGUUGAAGAGAUGGUGA